AGUGACGUCGCUGCGAGGCAACGACCUGAGCCCACAAGGCUGGUUCUGGGAUGGAUUGGAGUUUUUACGUGGACUGGGAGGAGUGCUGCUGUCCUGCAUCUACUCUCUUUAGUACUGCCGAGCCCUGACCAGCUUGGAACUGUGGAAAAACUGUAGGAUUACUAAACUUUCUACAAAGCUGUUUUCGUGGUUUUUCAGUUGAGUUAGAACAGAUUUACUAAACCUUAAGAAACAUUUGUGAAGUCAUCGGGAAGCUCCCUUCCAAUGUGGACUGAGGCAGCAGCGUGAGACCGUUAAAGUGAAACAAGACCCCAAAGUAAAGCCGUGUACAAACGGAGGAAUAAUGACCCAUCCCUGUGCUGCUGUCGUACUCCUGGCGAUUGUGUCCGCUGUCAGUGCCCAGGAGAAGGAAGUCUGUCACGGCACUUCCAACAAACUGAGCCUACUGGGAUCACCAAAGGAACAUUACGGUGCGAUCAAACGAAUUUUUAUGAACUGCAAGGUGAUACUGGGUAACCUGGAACUAACACACUUGGAAGAAGGAGUGAAUUUAUCAUUUCUUGAGACCAUUGAAGAGGUAUCUGGCUAUGUCCUGAUUGCACUUAACACUGUAGAGGUAAUACCUCUUAACAAACUUAAGAUCAUCAGAGGAGCAAAGCUUUAUGACAAAUAUGCCUUGGUAGUCAUACUUAACUAUGAAAUACAAGGUGAACGUGGUAAAACUCAUGGUCUCCAAGAACUGCGUCUCAACAGUCUAGCAGAAAUCCUCAACGGGGGUGUAAGUUUUGUCAACAACCCAGUGCUUUGUUACUUAAACACAAUCCAUUGGCAUGACAUUGUGGAUUUGACUGCAGAAAAAAGCAAGAAGCCAGAGAUGAAUCUAAACUUUUCAACAAAUGUAGCCAAUUGUGCAGCAUGUGACUCAAGCUGCUAUAAUAACUCAUGUUGGGGUCCUGGCCCAGAGAACUGUCAGAAAUUGACAAAACUGAUCUGUGCUCAGCAGUGUUCUGGCCGCUGCAGGGGACGGGAGCCCAACGACUGCUGCCACGUUCAGUGUGCUGCUGGAUGUCGAGGACCACGAGAGCACGAUUGCCUGUCAUGUCGUAUGUUUAAGGAUGGAGAUACCUGCAAGGAAUCAUGCCCUCCCUUGAUGACUUAUAAUUCUCAAACCUUUCAGCUGGAUGACAACCCGGGAGGAAAAUAUAGUUUUGGAGCUACCUGUGUAAAGGCAUGUCCAUAUAACUACGUUGUGAUAGAUCAUGGCUCAUGUGUUCGAACCUGUGGUCCAGAACAAUAUGAAGUAGAUGAGAACAAUAUCAGAAAAUGCAAAAAAUGUAAUGGGCCAUGCCCAAAAGACUGCAAUGGAAUUGGAAUGGGUAGUUUGCACGGAGUUCUAUCUAUAAACGCAUCAAACAUUGACACCUUUGAAAACUGUACUAAAGUCAAUGGAGAUAUCAUCAUUUUGCAGACUACAUUUACUGGUGACAUGCACACAAAUACCCUGCCUCUGCAACUUCAUAAAUUGAAUGUUUUUAAAGUACUGAAGGAAAUAACAGGAUUUCUGAUGAUUGUGUAUUGGCCUGCUAAUUUCACUGAUCUCAGUAUUUUUGAAAAUUUAGAAAUAAUACGAGGUCGGACCCAGCAUAUGUCCUAUUCUCUUGCCAUUUCAAACGUGAACAUUUCAUCUCUGGGAUUACGUUCGCUGAGGGAAAUUAGUGAUGGUGAUGUUUCAAUCUCAAGGAAUAAAAAUCUUUGUUAUGCUGAUACACUACCAUGGAAUAAAAUUGUAAAGCAUUCAAGGCAGAAUAUGAAGCUUAUGAACAAUAGUACCCCUCAGUUGUGCAAUCGGAACAACCAAGUUUGUCACCCUCAGUGUUCUGACGGAUGCUGGGGUCCAGGUUCUAGUCAGUGCUUCUCCUGCCUAAAUGUUACGCGAGGCAAGGAGUGUGUGGAGCAGUGUAAUAUCCUUCAUGGGGAACCAAGAGAGUUUGAAAAGGAUGGUAGAUGCCUUCCAUGUGAUCCUGAGUGCUUACCUCAAAAUGGAACCAAGACCUGCAAUGGACCUGGUUCUGGCAAUUGCACUAAAUGUGCUCAUUAUAAAGAUGGCCCUCAUUGUGUGAGUUCUUGUCCAGCAGGCAUUAUAGGAGAGAACAACAUUCAGAUAUGGAAGCAUGCUGAUGAGCACAAUGUCUGCCACCUGUGCCAUCCCAACUGCACUCAGGGAUGUACAGGGCCAGGGCUCGAAUCCUGUGAACAUACCGGAUCCAGAGUGCCAUCUGUUGCUGCAGGAAUUGUUGGAGGUCUUCUUUGUUUUGUUGUGAUAGCUUUAGGAGUUGCUUUAUGUGUGCGCAGACAAAUUAUCGUAAGGAAACGAACCUUGCGUAGGUUACUCCAGGAAAGAGAGCUAGUUGAACCUCUCACACCCAGCGGAGAAGCACCAAACCAGGCACUUCUGCGGAUUCUGAAAGAGACAGAAUUCAAAAAGAUCAAGAUCCUUGGCUCUGGAGCAUUUGGCACAGUGUUCAGGGGAGUAUGGACACCAGAAGGGGAAGCAGUCAAAAUUCCAGUCGCCAUCAAAGAAUUAAGAGAAGCGACUUCUCCAAAAGCCAACAAGGAGGUACUUGAUGAGGCAUAUGUGAUGGCCAGUGUCGAUCAUCCCCAUGUGUGUCGUUUGCUGGGCAUCUGCCUUACAUCCACAGUACAGCUCAUCACACAGCUCAUGCCCUACGGCUGCCUUCUUGAUUAUGUCCGUGAUCACAAGGACAAAAUUGGCUCCCAGUACUUGUUAAACUGGUGUGUGCAGAUUGCAAAGGGGAUGAGUUAUCUGGAAGAAAGACGGCUUGUGCACCGUGACCUGGCUGCAAGAAAUGUCCUGGUUAAGAAUCCUCAACAUGUGAAGAUUACAGACUUUGGACUAGCCAAACUCUUGUCUGCAGAUGAGAAAGAAUAUCAUGCAGAGGGAGGCAAAGUACCUAUUAAAUGGAUGGCAUUAGAAUCUAUCUUGCACAGAAUAUAUACACAUCAGAGUGAUGUUUGGAGCUAUGGAGUAACUGUCUGGGAGUUAAUGACCUUUGGUUCAAGGCCAUAUGAUGGAAUCCCUGCCAGUGAAAUUUCAGGAGUCCUGGAGAAAGGGGAACGUCUUCCUCAGCCACCAGUCUGUACUAUUGAUGUCUAUAUGAUCAUGGUAAAAUGUUGGAUGAUUGAUGCAGAUAGCCGUCCAAAAUUCAGAGAACUGAUAGCAGAAUUUUCCAAAAUGGCUCGCGACCCUCAGCGCUAUUUAGUAAUACAGGGUGAUGGAACCAUGCAUUUACCAAGCCCAAAUGACUCCAAGUUCUACCGUUCACUCAUGGAUGAAGAAGGCACAGAAGACAUGGUUGAUGCAGAUGAGUACCUAGUUCCUCACCAAGGUUUUUUCAACAGCCCUUCCACUUCCAGAACUCCUCUCAUCAACUCUAUGAGUAUCAUAAGUAACAACUCUCCAUCAACUUGCAUCAACAGAAAUGGGGGAUGUCCUGUGAGAGACGACAGCUUUGUGCAGAGGUACAGCAGAGAUCCAACCCUGUCCGUUUCAGAUGAAAACCUAGAAGACAGUUUUCUGCCUGCUCCAGAGUAUGUAAAUCAAGCAGCAAAAAAUGCCCCGGCAGGUGCAGUUGAGAAUCCAGUCUACCAUGAUACAGUCUUCAGUUUGUUUCCUUCACCAUCCAUGGGUUGUCAGAAUGGAAACAGCAAGCCAGAAUACCAGAAUACAAACCUUUCAGCACCCUUUCAUCCUCAGACUGAUAACUCACGCUACUGUGACCAAACAAAGCACCAUCAAAUAAGCCUGGACAAUCCUGACUAUCAGCAGGACUUUUUAGCCAAGACCACUUUGCAAAACUGUCACAUGCCUUUUGCUACCACAGACAACACUGAAUAUAUUGGUGUUGGAUUACUGCCAGCUAAUUCUUAUGUUCAAACAUCAGCAUGACCUGUCUGUUGACUGUACCUGAGAGAUGCUUUUAUAUCCCGCUGUGCUCACAGUAUCUGUAGUCCUAAGUUGUGCAAGCCUUGGUAUAAUGUACUUCCUGAUGGACCCAUUUACCACCGUAUCUUAUAUUGUUUUUUCCCCAAAGAAUCUGCCUGUUAUCAUUAGCAGACUAAAUGGGGUGAUUUGUGAAACACACCAACGGGUCUGAUUUUAACAAAUAUCUGCUUCUGCUCCCCAUUCUUAAGACACUAGGCAGCAUUAGUUUUUAUAUACUUUACAUUUAUAAGGAGAUUUUUUGUAGGGUAUGCAGUUCUUAUUCACUACCAUUACCACAGGUUUCAAGUGCCCAUUUUCAUGAACUGCAUAUUGUGUUUGCACAUGAAGAGGAGCACAUCAGCUAAAGAAAUCACACAUUUUAGCCAGUAUAUGUAUGAGUUUGUCCUUAUAAGCCUAAAGCCUAAAUCACAUAUACAACUAACCUUUCCAUGGACUUUUCCUUCUGCUUUGAGGUAAUUCAUUAGUAAGCAGUAAGUGUGCUAUAAUGCUACAGUACUGUAGCAGGAAUGCUUCUAUUGGAUAAACUUGGACAUGUAUGGUACACUUGUAUAAAUCUGCUUCCUGCAAUACUGAUGAGGCAAACCAUUGAAUAUAUUGUUCUUCGUGUGGAAAUAUAAACCACACUCAGCUUUAUGGAGGUAAGCAGACAAGAGUGGUACCGGCUUUGAAAAUGUCUUGAAUCUGUAGACUACAUUCUAAAAAACAGCACUGACACUGCCUUUAGGUAUUACAUGAGUUUGGCAAGGUGUUCCAUCUACUGUGCACUAGGUGAAAUUGUUGAAAGUGCAGGUAGGUGUAUCACACAAAAUGUAGCAUUUGACAUUUAAUGUCAGAAGAUGCGGUACUGUCUGUCAAUAUGCAGUAGGCAUUUCAGAAUGUCUUAUUUUGCAGUGUGACAUUGUUUAAAAUAAAAACACAUGCUGGACUUUAUUCAAGGUAAGAAUAAAGUGAAACAUAGCACCAUGCUCACUCACCAGAAGAGAUGGUGGUACUCAUCUGUGGCACAUGAUCCUUGUAGACGACUGCUGUGAGAGUGUGGUUACCUUUGAUUUCACAGACUUUUGGGCUAUUCCAUUUGUAGCAUCUGCAUAGCCCCACAUUAUCUUAGUUGCUCUCAUGACUUAUUCUCUAUGCAAGUGAUAGUUUGGAAGGCUAUAGGAAUAAAUGCCUUAAAUUAUGUUCGGUCAGUAGACUGAAAUUUAUCAACACGAGUAGCAUUACUGGUAGUAUGCCAUGGCAGUCUAUAAAAACAGAAAAGAAUUUAUACUUGUUUAAAAGAUGUGAGUAAUUUAUACAGUCAAUCAUGAAGGUAAGGGGACAUUUUGGAAGUCUGAUUCUUGACAGUUACUAUAUCAGUAGAGCUCAGAUACCAUUCCAUGUACACUCAUUAAAUGUUUCAAAUGGAAUAGUUUUCAGAAACAAUAAUUUGAUAAAAGGGUCAAAUUUUUCAUGGUAAAAUAAGUUUCUUUUCCAGCUUAAGUGAAGAAGCAUUUAUCUCCCUGGCAAAGGCAUUUGACUACUUAAAGCUAAGAGUGUGUUUGAGUGGUUCCAUUCUCUCGUGCUUAGUUAAAACAUGUAAUAAUGGUGCAUUUAAAUCAGUACUUAUGUAAGCAAAAUAUUUUCCACUAUUUUCUUCAGAAAGGAGAAUGUCUAAUGUGAAUUUCUUCUACUACGAGUUACUGUGCAACUCCUUCAAACUUUUUAAAUGAACUUUGUUAUACAUUUGUGGCUAAUAAUUUAAAUAAUACACAUGGAUGCCCUCAGAAAUGCUCAACAAACUCUUCAGAUGAAGGUAUGAUCUUUCUGAAAUAAUACUGGAGCUUGUUUUAAACGAAAACACUGUUAUAACAUUGAAAAAUAGUUACCUUUUUUAAAUUUGUGGCUAAUAAUUCAAAUAAUACACAUGGAUGCCCUCAGAAAUGCUCAACAAACUCUUCAGAUGAAGGUAUGAUCUUUCUGAAAUAAUACUGGAGCUUGUUUUAAAGGAAAACACUGUUAUAACAUUGAAAAAUAGUUACCUUUUUUAAAUUAAAUGAAGACUCAUUUUUGUCAUAGAAUAAAAAUAUGAUUUUUUUUCAUAGACAUAUUUGGCUAAAUAAUGUCCCAUGCAGGUCAUACUGAAAGCACUAAGCUCACUGAACCACUAUACUUUUGGAGUUUUAUUUCUAAUGCUGUUCCUUCACCUUAGAAAUAGCCUUUCCUUCAUAACUUGAUGGAUAUUAUAGCAAUAAUAAUAUUUUUUUCAGAACUGUUUUAUUGUCUGAAACAGGACACCACAUGCCUAAAUGUAGCAUUCUGUGAUAGUGUCAGCUGUACUGAACCAUUUUACUACAGGCACAUAAUGAAUCUUCCUGUGACAUCAGCAUGUCACCUUCUGAAUGGACUGUUUAUCUUCUCUGUAAUAAACAGAAAUAUAAAUGCUUCUUAUUCCUCAGGUUACCUUGUAGAAACAAAAUGACCACAAUAGGAAACUCCAACAGUGAAUGCCAGCUAGGGGGAAACAUUAAUUUUCAUUAGCAUUAAUUUAUGGCUCACUUAUCUUAAUCUAUUUAAUAGUACAAUUCUAGUGACUGUUUUCAAUCAGAGCUAUAGCUAGCCUAUUUGAUACUAUUGUACCGCUGACAGAGUACCUGUUUCAUAUCCCUACCUCAGAACUGAGGUGCAAAACAAAACUGAGUGCAUCUUAUGAUCUGUAGCAAGGAGCUGUGUGAUGUAGUCUAACACAGUUUCUGAUACAGCUUUGUAUGGAGCCCAAAACUUGUGCAAGGAAUUUUAGCAACUAUAACAAGGAGCCCUCCACUAAGUAUCAUUAAAGCAGCCAUGAUCACAAGCAUUUCUACUUAAAGGAUUUAUGGCUACCAAGCUACUACAGCUAUUCCUUCCCCAGGAAGAGGUUAGGAAUCUGUGACAGUCUGUACCUUGUCUAAAGUGCUGAUCAAGCCCACUAACUGUUUGCACUGGGGCAGCUGCCCCUCUCACUGUACCCUUGCUACAGGUCUGUUUACUAAGAUGAAAGGUUUAUAACCAUCAUUCUUAUUUAACAGACUUUGCCUUUUUGCUGUAUUAGUAGACUUGUUAUGCACUUGCGCUGUUUCAUCAUUCUGUGUUUUAUGACUAUUUUAUCCACAAGAAUUAAAUCCUAAAUGGUGUAGUUUAUUUCACAAAUAUAUAAUCCGGCAUUAACCUAAAAGUCAGCUUUUGGUGUUAUUCAGGUGAACAGAGAAAAGUACAAUUAUUUUUAGUUCAGUAGCUGCCAAACAGUUUACAUAAUAAUGUAUCACAACUGCUGCAAGUAAGUGUUCAGCUUUCUAUCCCUUUGAACCAUGCUUUGAGCUGCAACUUUUGUGACCAGAGUGAAAUGCUAGCAGGCAACUGACCAAUAUAAAUUAAUUCUGUAAAGUUGUAAAUUCAAGCUGUGACAUGGUGCAGAGGUGUGGCUAAGUGUUUUUUCUACCAGAAAUAUACUGCUUUGAUAAUUGGGGGUAUACAGAUUUGGCAUAUAACAUGUGUGGUCAGAGAUAAUCCUGUCCCACGUAUAACCCCAAUCCAGCACAACUCUGAUUUUAUAGAAAAUAAGAUUACCUGGGCUGCAAGUUUUAUUUGCAAAUGCAUUCUUAUGGUAAUGCCAUAGCUUAUAACAGUUCUACACACAAGAUCAUAUAUUACAAUGGAUGCUAGGCUCACUUGUUAGUUGGACAAGCAUAUAAUUGUUCAACAUUUGAAUAAAUGUGAUUUUUUUUUAAAUGUAGGCUUUAAAACAAAUCCGAAAUUCUCAGUAUUUAACCUAAAUUUUAUAAACAGGAUACAAGUUAUGUAAAGUAUUUUUUAGUUAUUCAAGAUAUUUAAAUAAAAGCAAAGAAAUAUGCUGACAGAAGCUUGCAGUUUGCUGGAAAGCAAAACAUUCAGGAAAACAAAAUGUGCAACAUCAGAUUUAGACAAAGUUUAAACUGAAAAAUACAGCUCUUGUUUUUAAUUAUUUCUUUGUGUUUUGGUCAACAUUCUCUGCACAGAAAAUGUCUUCAGAGAUUAGCAAUUUGACUUUGUAAAUACAAUGAUAUUCUAAUAAAUGGUCUUAUUUGUAGGACUGCUUUAACAUUACCAUAACUGAUGUUAGAAUGGCAUUUGCAAAUAAAAUUUGCAGACUAGUUAAUCUUAGUCUGGCAGUUGGUUUAGAGGAUUAAGGAGCUGCUAAUCUGUUUCCCGUGGUUCAGUGAUACAAGGUUUGAUUCCCUCAGCAUCCAUUGCCUAACUCUAAGCAAGUCAAGACAACAUUCCUGGGCUGAGUGUGAAAAUGGUCCAUAGACAUCAGUGGUCUACCCUGGAAAACAAAUGCAAAUUAAAUAAAAUAAAUAAUAAAUAUUUGGGGCUUUUGACCACUGAAUUAGGUAUAAUGUGAUUGUGGAAAUUUCUUUAUAGCAAAGCUUCUGUGUGGAAUUCUGACUUUUCUAUACCAUUUUAAUUACUCUGGUGCAGUUAAAUAGGAUCUGUUUUGAAAAACUUACUUUAUUAUCUAAUGAUAGGAGCCCUUUAAAGAGCCAGCAAUUAGCAAUCAUUUCAAGUGUUCUUAUGUAAGCUUAAUUUUAGACAGACUACCAGAACCAGAUGCUGUUCUGCAUAGCAUUUCCUCACUGAGAGUGAAUGGUAUAAUAUUAAACUGUGCUUGAUGAAGACCAUGAAGAAGACUUCUUCUGUCAGUGCGGAAUUCUGCCCAAGUCUGCAGAAAUGACAGGAAUAAGUAAUGAUAGAGAGCAUAGAUGUGGAAGUCGUGGUGAUACAGCAGUAGCGUUGUUGCCUCAUGGCAAGAGGUUCUCCUGUUCAAUUCACGGCUAGAGCACCUUCUGUGUGGAGUCUGUAUGUCCUCCCUGCAGUCGAGUGGCCUCCAAAA